AUGAAAUAUUUAUAUGAUCAUAUUCAUAACACUAAAGAAAAGUGUUGUCAAACGGUUACAAGCAGUAAUUCUGAUGUUAGCGAUGAUAAUAAUAACAGUAAUGAUAAUAAUAAUAGUAAUAAUAAUCGUCUAUGGGAUGCAUUUAACACGCUAACUCCAAAUCAUGAAGAUGUUAUUCGACCAUCACAUAAUGACAUCAACACAUUUCAUGUUGAUGAUGAUAUCGACUACGAAGAAAGAGCGAAUGAGGUGAAUCAAGUCUACGAAGGUGGAAAACUUAUGAUUAUUAAGAAAGACAUUAAUCAACACUCGAAUUGUUAUUCUAUGAAUCGUUUAAUGAAAGACAAUAUGAUCAAUCAUAAUGGAGAUGAUAUUGAUGAGGAGAAAAGAAUUAUUACCAUAUAUAGAAAAUUGCAUAAUCUACGUUGUCAGAUAGAGUCCUUUUCAUACUUGAGUUGGCUUGGCUUGACAUCUGAACCUCCUACGAAUAGAGUUCUGGUCCCUGGAUCAAAUGCACCAGCUCCAAAUCCACAAAUGCAUUUGAUACGUCGGUCAGAUGCAGAUAGUCGAAGGAAUAUUCAAGAAUUUAGGCGUUUAUGUAAAGAACCUGUCUCUCAAGAAGAUUUACUUGAAUUACGCUCGUCUACAUUUAAUAAUUGGUCAAGGACAGAUGCACAAUUAAUGCGUUUAGUACGUGAAAUGUUCAAAGAACUUGGAUUUAUUGAUCAUUAUAAAUUACAAUAUCAUCGUUUAGAUCUAUGGCUAAGUGAUAUUUAUCGAAGAUAUAAUCGUAUACCAUUUCAUAAUUAUAAACACGCAUUUAUGGUUACACAAAUGUGUUACGUUCUACUCUGGGGUGGAAAACUUACCAAACUACUCGAUAUCGAUGAUCAACUCACUUUGAUUAUGUCGGCCAUCUGUCAUGAUUUAGAUCAUCCAGGAUUCAAUAAUGCUUAUCAGAUCAAUGCUGGAACUGUAUUAGCUAUGCGAUAUAACGAUCAAAGUCCAUUAGAAAAUCAUCAUUCAGCUGUGGCAUUCGAUUUGUUAAGUCAUGCAGAAGUUGAUCCUUUUGCUCAUCUUCCACUUAAUGUCCGUCAACGGAUUCGUAAAGGAAUGAUAAGAUGUAUUUUAGCAACAGACAUGUCACGUCACAAUGAAAUACUCGAUGAAUUCAAUCGUCUUGUUGUAAGUGAUCUACAAGCUGCCUGGGAAAUUGAUGCCAGCAGUAAAAAACCUGCUUGGGUUACAAAUAAAACACAAAAAGAUCUUGUUAUGAUGAUAAUCUUGAAAAUAUCUGACAUUUCAAAUGAAGCACGUCCUCUUAGUGUUGCUGGUCCAUGGAUAAAUCGACUAUUGGCGGAAUUCUUUAAUCAGAGUGAUUAUGAAAAACUUGUUGGUCUUCCAGUUGCACCAUUUAUGGAUCGUCAUAAAGUGACUAAAUCUGCUAGUCAAUGUGGUUUCAUCCGUUUUGUUAUUCUGCCUCUAUUUGAGUCUCUAGCAAAGUUAUUACCAGAAGUUAAGCCAAUUAUCGUUCAGCCUGCAAUGGAACAAUUAGCCUACUACACAGAAUUACACGCAAAUGAAGAGAAGAAAGUCAAAGCUGAAAAUCAAAAAGUCAACAGUGUUACCUCUCGAAAUGAUAAUGAUAAUCACAAUAGUAAUAAUAAUAAUAAUAACCAGAGUACAACAGACAAGCAGUCUUAAUAAUCACGCUUCUAAAACCGAAAACACCUCCAGUUCAUUUAAUUGUCAAUGUUAUAAAUACACGUCAUUUCGUAACUGACAACCACCUGUUUGUUUGUUUGUUAUCAACAGUAAUCUACACAGACUUCUUUAUUUUCCCUGAAAUUACCUACUACACAGUUGUGUGUGUGCAUGUGUGUGGUUUUUUAUUGAUUAAUUGUGAGUAGUCUCACCUUUAGAUGAAACUAGCCCCCUCGACCUUCACCCCGAACGUUUAGUUAAUAAUCUUAUUUUUAUUGUUGUCAUUGUUUUGUUGUGUUUUUCCUUUACUUUUUUGCAUUAUUUCCUUACUGAAAAUGAAGUUGUCUGUGGGUGUGUGGGUGUGCGUGGGUGUAUCUUGAUCACUAGGAGGACACACUCACCUUCACUAAUAGUUUUGCUCAAAUUUUGUGUGUGUGUGUGUGUGUGUGUUUGUGGCGUUUUUUUGCAAUCUCUGGUGUACAUUAUAAUGCAGCUGAUGGGGCAUUCACUUACACACACUCACACACACACACAAACACAGAGAUAGUUUUACCCCCAAAAAACACAAUUUAUUUUUUCAGAUAUUACAUGAUGAUAUUGGAAAAUUCUUUUCACAAAAAAUAGGAUUCUCAAACCGCAAAACUUUAUAAUGAAUCAAUCAGCUGUAUACAAAAUUAUUCGUUUUUCAUUUUAUCUAUUAUCUAUUUUGAAAAAUGAACUCUCCUCCUUCAAGCCUUAUAUUUUCGUUGUGUUUCUUAAAAACAAAUGUUUGAAUUGGAAAAAAAAGCACACUUUAUUUUAGGAUAUAAUUAUAUACUACUUUUAGAGAAUAAAUGAGUAGACAAGGUAUUGUACACAGCUGAACUUUGAAUUUUCUAUGGAAUAUUGUUAUUUUAAUUGUUUGUUUUUUUGUGUAUGUUAAAGGCUUGUAUGUGUGUCUGUGUGUGAUAAGCCUUUUUUAUUAUAAAACAGCUGUUCUGAAAAAAAAUAAAUAAACCUAUUCAUGUCAUAUUUAUAUAUAAUUUUGUUUUUUAAACUCCAAGCAAAUUGAACUACCUUUUGUUUAAGCUGAAACUGAGUCGCUGUCAAGGAAGAAGGAAAAGCGUCUUGUGCGUUUUAGCUCAAGUUUUGUUUCUCUAAGUUUCCGCCUUCUUAAUUUUGAUUUAAUUAUGCUUUACCUCAAAAUAUGUUGUUUUUUUUAAUGACCUUUCUGUAUGUUUUAUUUCAAUGGGAAACUUGUGAAUCUUGAAUCUCUCUUGAAUACUUACUCUACUCAAUCUUUUACUCUACCCCACCUGUCUAUCGAACUAUAUGAUCAUAAUCAUCAUCAUCAUGGCAGUGUCGUACAGAUUCGAUUUAUUAAUUAAACUUCAUAACAAAGUGCUAUGCGCAGGAAUGAUUGUAGCCAAAUGUGAAAUGUACACAUUCCAUAGUUGAUGGACAACUUGAAACUCUUCUCUUGGAUUUUUAUCUAUUCAAUGAAUAUUCC